AUGUCUAAAACGGUUGGAGAUAGUAGCAUGAAUGAUGCAAAAAAGUUUACUGCUUUAGUUGUAGACGAUACUGCUAUCAUUAGAAAUAUUGAAGAAAUGUUGCUUAACAGUAAAGGGUUUAAAACCAAGGUCGUGGAAAAUGGUCAAGAGGCCGUAAACACUUUCAUUGAAGGCAAUUCUUUUGAUGUUAUUAUCAUGGAUAUGGAAAUGCCAAUAAUGGAUGGGAUUCAGGAAACUAAAGAGUUGCGAGCUAUGGGCGUUAAGGGCUUAAUAUUUGGUGUGACGAAUUCUGAAUCAAAGUCAUACAUUCAAGCAUUUGUAGAAGUUGGUUUAGAUGAAUACUUUCCAAAACCACUGGACUUUGUGAAGAUUGAUAACAUACUCAAGCGCCUCGAAAAGUGAUACUAAAAUAAAUUUGCAUUGGCACUACAAAAUGAAAUAAAUAAACUAUGUUUUGUAAUUUAAUAUUUAAAUAUUGUACUCCUAGCUUCGAUAUGUUGUUUUCUUUCUUUUUUUUUUUUUAUAGUUUUCAAUCAACACAAUUAUGAUUAAAUAUUACAAAAUUUCAUAUAUUGAAAAGUACUCAUUAUUAAACAUAUAUGCCCUUAUCAAUAUAUCAUUAAAAUG